UGGGUGUGCAGAGGGACCAUUCACAGUGAGAAGGGACUCGUCAAAUCAGCCCACUCUAUUAACUGUUUAACGAGCCCUCGGACCAGCACUGCGUCUAACCCUGGUGGCUCGCCUUCCCUCUGCGAGGUGACCCAUGAAAAGGUCGGUCUCGCUGCGUUUGUUUUGGAUUUCGGCAGUACAAAGGCAGGUGUCCGUGGGGUAUAUCGUCGUGCCCUGUCUCUACACAUCAUCUCUGUUCAGUUUAAAACAGUGACCCAUUGGGUAUACCGCUGUUGCCCUGUACCUACCGCAUCGUGGAUCCCUGGAUCACUAAGUAUGUAGACCCGAAUAUCUAAUACGUACAUACAUAGAGUCAUCCCUCGCCGUUGACUGGGAAGCUGAUCUACGGAGCGACCACAACUCAAGUUUACAUUUCUUCCUAUACCCGUGUUACUAAACAAACAUCCGACACAUUGAAGAAGAUGUGUUUUGUUCAGCGGAUCUACAACGCGACCACUUAAUUGGAUGAAGUAUUGACACAGCUACAUCGCGACAGAUUAUAUCAUCAAAUGUGUUAUUGGGAUGACGUAUACCAUCUCCACCGAAAACAAGCUGUCUGAUGUGUUCAGCUCGCCGCCUGGGGCCAUGUUGCGUUAUUGUGUCGCGUCUUCUGCAGCCUUCUGACCGUGAGAUCUUGGGGUCCUGGGUCAGGGGUCAGCCAGCCGGGGAGAGGGGCUGUACUGCCGUGUAGUUGGCAGGGGACAGACGUGUGGGUCUCAAGCAGCGCGUGGCUCUCUAGCUGGUAGCAUCACGCUCAUUGACCCAAUCAACAUUUCCAAUCACAGGCCUUGGAAUGAUGCAAAGACAUGGAUUAAAUAUUCAAAGGAAUUUGGAUCGAUGUGUAUACAACAGCUUUAUAUUCCCCCGCACGGUGGGUAGCAGAUCAGGCGUGUCCCGGUCUACCUAGUAUGUUUCUCUGAGUUCAAUGUUCAUGGUUAACAGAAUAGGAUGUUUAUCGUCUGACGUCGAGCUGGGACAGAGAGCCACCUGGCCGACAGAUUUCUGUGAGGUCUUCUAGUGACAUUGUUCCGGUGUCGGCGGCCACGCUGACACCCAUAGCGUCAGACCCGGCACGGAUCGUGAGCCCGCAUGGCAGCUGCAUGACCCUAAGGUCUUGUUUUUAAGAAGAUUUGUUGACAUGUGACGGUUACUACAAUUCUGUCAGCCAUAACAGUAAGUUGGGGAGGACAAGCAUGGCAACAUAGACACGUGUGAUACACGUCUUGAACGAGCAAAAGUAGCAAGUACAGCCUCUGUAGGAGCAGGAACAUCAUCCAGGAGCCAAGGCCGUCACUAGAGGAGACGGAGCCGCAAUUGUGUGGAUCCAGGAAAGUCAUAGUAGGGAGCCACGAAUGUCACUGGAAGGAGCCAAUCCCGAGAGGGAAAGGAGCCAGUGCCAACAGUAAAAGGAGCCAGUCACGAUAGGGAAAGGAGCCAGUCCCGAGAGGGAAAGGAGCCAGUGCCAACAGUAAAAGGAGCGCGUGUCGACAGGGAAAGGACCAAUUCCAUCAGUGUAGGGAAACAAGGGAGCCAGUAUUCGUACCAAAAGGGGUCCCGACCCUUACUACAAAAAGGUAGGACCGCCAAUCGAUACGGAACCAUGACUGUUCCCCAGGGAGCUGGGACCAAUUCUGCAAGACAAUCACAGUUAUCGACUAACGAGAUAGAACUGCCAGUUUGUCGCGGUGACCUCCCUACUAAUUAGUGCAGUGUGCUGGUGCACGAGCAGCAGCAUCUCACGUGACAGGUAGGUAGGUGUAAUUGCCCAGGUGUUACUGCAACAGCGUGUGACGGCCACGCCUGGGUGGAUGGGAUACCUACUACAUGAACAUACUACUACAAAGACUAUGUGCCUACAAUGACAUGCCAUGGCUUCGGCUCACUGAUUUCUGUCUCUUUGUAACGAUCGAUGUAUCGACCACAGAAGCGUGUUCAACAGCGCAGUUAAGACCGGAACGUUAAUAACACCAUAGCUCCCGGCAACUUGACAAGACUGCAAAUCUUUAGUCUGACGGAUGGGAUGUACAUGUGAUUCUGAAGGUCGUCAUGAGGUCCAAGCCGGUGCCGUUGGCGUACACGAUGGACACCUACUGGUCUGUUGACCACAAAUAUCCGUAACCUGUAUCAAUUCCUAUCAGUGGUGGUAGGGCGCGUUAAUUCCUAUACUUUGACUGUAUGAUGGGCUUGUGGAAGAAUUUACUCCACGGUCGGCAAGGCAACCAACAAGCUAAGGCAGAUCGGCCAACCCUUGCUACAAACCCCGAACUAUCCGUGAGGUAUCACGGGGGUGUGGCCCGUAGCGACACCGCGUCCUACGUCUCUAUCGCCGCCAACAGUGACGAUGGGUCUGGGGGAGAGACCGACAACACGUAUGCAUCGAUCAAAUCAUGGGCCUUAUCGGACCAAGUCCAGCCGCCAGAUUCUGUUCAUGACUCCAGUUCAGGGAUUGCGUCAGACGUUGCGAGCUACAACUACCCGCCCACAACGAUGACGACUUUCAAGGGCGAGUCCAGCUCCUCUCAGGAUUCUGGCACAAAGAGUGUGACCUGGGCUCGUCUUCCCGGAGAGGCCAAGACUUCGAAUAAUUACGUCCAAAUGCACAUGCGCCAGUCAAGGUCGUGCUACAAGAACUCUGUGUUUGAUCCACGGAUGAUUGAAUCCAUGGAGUCGGUGAUGUCCAGUAUGAAACAAGUGGAACUAAAAGACACGAGUAGAUUACUUUCCUCUACAUCAACAAAAGGGAAAUAUGUCCGCCCAGCACCGUUCGAGCUCCUGACAGACGACAUCAUGCUCCGGAUUCUUCUCAACCUUCCAACAGACCAUGUGUGUCGCGUCACGCGCGUCUGUAAGCGCUGGUACAGACUGAUCUGGGAAUACCCACUCCUAUGGACAAGUAUAGUCAUAAACAAUGAAACCAUUAAUAUUGAUAAAGCUUUAAAAUAUCUCACAAGGCGUCUCAGUUACAAUACACCCAAGGUCUGUGUGAUUCUGGAACGGAUCAUUCUUAAUGGCUGUGAGCAGUUAACGGAUAAGGGACUUCAUACUAUUGCGAGACGCUGCCCCGAGCUGCGAUACCUUGAGCUGCAAGGCUGCUCAAACAUCACCAAUGUGGCCCUGUUUGAAGUAGUGUCCAACUGCGUCAACCUGGAACACCUUGAUGUGACAGGGUGUGCUCUGGUCACCUGCAUCAGCCUGACAGAUGGGAUGUCAUCCCCACACAUGGCCCGCCACCAGCACCAGAUAUACCUUCGAUACCUGGACAUGACAGACUGUUACGCCCUGGAGGACCAGGGCCUUGGUAUCAUCACCUCUCACUGUACACACCUCCAGUUUCUGUACCUACGACGAUGUGUCCACAUAUCUGACGAGGGUAUCCAACACAUUGCACGCAACUGUCCCUAUUUGCGUGAGUUCAGUGUUAGUGACUGUCGGAGAGUUACUGACCUUGGUAUGCGGGAACUCUCUAAGUUAGGAGAGAAUUUAAGAUACCUUAGUGUUGCAAAGUGUGAUAGAGUGUCAGAUGUUGGUGUUUGUUAUAUAGCAAAACAUUGUUUGAAGCUGCGGUAUCUGAAUGUCCGCGGAUGCGAAGCUGUAUCCGAUGAAGCGGUUGCAUUCCUGGCAGCUAACUGCCCCAGGUUACGGUCUCUUGACAUUGGGAAGUGUGAUAUAUCAGACGACGGACUACAGGUGCUUGCAGAACAGUGUCCGCAACUACGCAAACUCAGUCUCAAGUCAUGUGACCUGAUAACGGACCAAGGAAUUGUGAUGAUCGCGUAUCAGUGUCGGGGUCUGCAGCAGCUCAAUAUCCAGGACUGCCACCUCAGCGUUCAGGCCUACAGGACGGUCAAGAAGUACUGCAGGCGCUGCAUCAUUGAGCACACCAACCCCUCCUUCUGCUGAGAUACAACUCAGGAACUGCUACCAAGGUCACCAAACAGAAACUUGAAGUCACAAAGAAGUCAUUCAUAUGUGUGAGAGGGAAACACAACAUUUCCUUUUGUGGAUAUACCUGGAAAUAUGUGAUCUCAGCAAUCUAAGAUUUCUUUCAGUCUUACAGGAAUACGGCACUGGACAUAUCUGUGUUCAAGCAACCAAAGGCUGUGUUCAUUGCCCAACUAUCAUCAAGGUUAGGUUGUGUCAAGGGUUCUAGCCUGUUAAAUACAAGACAAUGAUUGUAUUACAACCAACUCUCAUCAAGGUUAGGUUGUGUCAAGGGUUCUAGCCUGUUAAAUACAAGACAAUGAUUGUAUUACAACCAACUGUCAUCAAGGUUAGGUUGUGUCAAGGGUUCUAGCCUGUUAAAUACAAGGCAAUGAUUGUAUUACAACCAACUGUCAUCAAGGUUAGGUUGUGUCAAGGGUUCUAGCCUGUUAAAUACAAGACAAUGAUUGUAUUACAACCAACUAUCAUCAAGGUUAGGUUGUGUCAAGGGUUCUAGCCUAUUAAAUACAAGACAAUGAUUGUAUUACAACCAACUGUCAUCAAGGUUAGGUUGUGUCAAGGGUUCUAGCCUGUUAAAUACAAGACAAUGAGUGUAUUACAACCAACUGUCAUCAAGGUUAGGUUGUGUCAAGGGUUCUAGCCUGUUAAAUACAAGGCAAUGAUUGUAUUACAACCAACUGUCAUCAAGGUUAGGUUGUGUCAAGGGUUCUAGCCUGUUAAAUACAAGACAAUGAGUGUAUUACAACCAACUGUCAUCAAGGUUAGGUUUUGUCAAGGGUUCUAGCCUAUUAAAUACAAGACAAUGAGUGUAUUACAACCAACCGUCAUCAGUGGUUGGGUUGUUUAAGUACCCAACUGCUAUCCAAAAGUAAGGUUGCAUCAUAAGCCAGCUAUCGCCAGAGCUAGAUAAUGUGUCUGACCUUAUACCAUGCAACCAAGUCCACAGCUCUUGAUGGCGUCCGUUAUGAGGGCUACAUUUUGAGGAAGUUUCCAUCCUUCGCAUCCUAUGGAUGAGUAAACAUGCCAGUUUUCUAUGCAAACUUGUUUAAUCCACGGCUCCUAGCACUAUGUCUCACACAAAGGCAUGGCAACUCAGUGUAUGGAACCAAACAGGACCUCCAAGCAAUGGAAACACUCGGGACUAAGUUACUUUCCAACCAUGGCCAUUAUUCUUCGUUUGACGUUUGUACUGGGACUAUGAUACCUACUGCCUAGCUAUUAUAGUUGUUGACAAGACUAUGGCUUCGUAGUCACUAGUAGUUAUCCUAUAGCCAGUGGUUAACCCGAGAACAUAUUUAAAAUGGCUGUCAUGCCAUAUGUUCUAGCAAAAAAUGAAUGUAAUGUAAUGGCAAUCUUACCUAAUUGGGGUAUGUACAGUACAUUAUUGAGCUGGAUGGAUACAAUACUCAUUAACACAAAUCAUUAACAGAAUCUUCGAAGGAUAUAUCCUCAGUCAGAUCUGCCUCCAUUAUCAGACAGCUCAGAAAAGAUACGUCAGUAACAUGACCAACAUAAAUGUGCAUACACACAUGAGCCACACAGACUUCCAUACUCACACAUGGCCCUAACAGACCUCCAUACUCACACAUGGCCCUAACAGACCUCCAUACUCACACAUGAGCCACACAGACUUCCAUACUCACACAUGGCCCUAACAGACCUCCAUACUCACACAUGGCCCUAACAGACCUCCAUACUCACACAUGAGCCACACAGACUUCCAUACUCACACAUGGCCCUAACAGACCUCCAUACUCACACAUGGCCCUAACAGACCUCCAUACUCACACAUGAGGCACACAGACUUCCAUACUCACACAUGGCCCUAACAGACCUCCAUACUCACACAUGGCCCUAACAGACCUCCAUACUCACAUAUGAGCCUAACAGACCUCCAUACUCACACAUGAGCCACACAGACUUCCAUACUCACACAUGGCCCUAACACACCUCCAUACUCACACAUACUUACUCAUACAUACUCCAUAUUUACAAACACAGACCCCUACAGACUUUCAUACUUUCAUAUGGCCCUAUCAGACUUCCAUACCUAUAAUCCCUGGCCGCGUCAUACCAAAAGAUGUUAAAAGAUGGUACUUGUUGUUACCCUGUCUGGCAUUCGGCAUAAAGGGGCUAAAACAAGGACUGGUCGGCUCGGAGUCAGUAUACUUUUUUGAGUGGGGUAUUCAUUAAACCCAACGUUCAUUAAACGCGACGUUAAACCCAAUUUCACCUCACAACUCCAUACCUAUAAAUGGUCUAUACUCAACACCUGAACACAGGAACUGGUGACAUAUACAUAUGAUUGCAACAGACUGGGAAUUGUGACUUCAUUUAGGCCUCUACAUUUGGAUUAUUUGGUUUACAGGUUCUUGUUUUUCAAGAAGACAGGGUUGGUGGUUAAAAUAGAACUUAUGAAAUGUGUGAUUUCUGAAAAGAAUUAUCAGUGGAAUGCAAUAUGGAAACAAAGAAAUUAUUUUUAGUCCAGGAUCGAGUUACUUUAUGUCCCAGAUUUGGUUUAUAAUCUUGUUAAAAAUUUGACUGUGAGAGAAAAAGACUGUUAAUUUGAUUUUAUUCAAAAUAUGUGAUGUUUUGGUCCAGCUGAUCUGUAAAUCAUGCAAUCAAAAACAAAAUGCCUUAUUGACAAAGAUCAGCACCUGGGAAAGUCUCAAUAAGUCUGCUUUUGCAGAGAAAAGUACUCAUGCAUUCUAUGAUGCAUCAUAUCUUCAUGCUUGUAGAACUUGCGAAUUCAAAACGUACAUUAGCCUAAAAAUAUUGGCCAGCAGCUCCACACACCAUGUGCUGCAAGUACCAGUUGUUCCACACACCAUGUGCUACAUGUGCCCGUAGCUCCACACACCAUGUGCUACAUGUGCCUGUAGCUCCACACACCAUGUGCUACAUGUGCCCGUAGCUCCACACACCAUGUGGUACAUGUACCAGUAGCUCCACACACCAUGUGCUACAUGUGCCUGUAGCUCCACACACCAUGUGCUACAUGUACCUGUAGCUCCACACACCAUGUGCUACAUGUACCAGUAGCUCUACACACCAUGUGCUACAUGUACCAGUAGCUCCACACACCAUGUGCUACAUGUGCCCAUAGCUCCACACACCAUGUGCUACAUGUGCCCAUAGCUCCACACACCUUGUGCUACAUGUACCAGUAGCUCCAAACACCAUGUGCUACAUGUGCCUGUAGCUCCACACACCUUGUGCUACAUGUACCAGUAGCUCCACACACCAUGUGCUACAUGUGCCUGUAGCUCAACACACCAUGUGCUACAUGUACCAGUAGCUCCACACACCAUGCUCUACAUGUGCCUGUAGCUCCACACACCAUGUGCUACUUGCACCAGUAGC